GCGCGCGUGAUAUCACGAGCGUUAUCAUUCGAGAUUAGACACCGCCGCGCGCGCACCGACCGUGCAGCGCCGCGCAGUGAGCAGUGAGCACGCGCCAUGAGGAGCAGGGACCGCCUCGACGAGCUGCGCCACCUGGCGCAGCAGGCGGGCGUGUACCCGGACAGCGAGCCGCCCGUCGCGCCGCGCGCGCCGCUCAGCAAGGACAUCGACGAGCUGCUGCGAGAGGUGGAGCCGGUGCGGAUGUGGAUCCUCGACGUGGAGCGCAACACGCAGCUCAUCCGCCGCCUGCACGCCGACCCCACCUACACCUCCAACAGACAGUUGCAGGAGCAGCUGGACGCGCUGGCCACGGCGUCGCACGCGCUGGGGCUGAAGGCGUGCGGCGCGCUGCGGCAGCUGGCGGCGCGCGCGCGCUCCGGCGCGCCGAGCGGCGCGGCGAGCCGCAUGGCGCGCCUGCAGUUCGCCGCCACGCGCCGCCUGUGCGACGCCGCGCUCGCGCGCCACGAGCGCGCGCUGCAGGCGCUGCGCGACCAGCAGCACCGCCUGCUGCACGAGCAGAUCAGACUCACGAAUGUCGCGAUAUCUGAGGAGGAGUGCGAGCACCUGCUGGAGUCCAACAACAUCGCUCUGUUCGUCGACAACUUGUCGGUUGCAGCUGCACGCGGAGACGGCGGAGGCGCGGCUGGCGCUGCGCGAGGCGGAGGCGCGGCGCGACGAGCUGGCGCGCGUCGAGCGCUCGCUGCACAGCGUGCGCGACCUGUUCCUGCAGCUGGCGCACCUCGUCGCCGCGCAGCAAGAGCAGAUCGACAGCGUGGAGUUCUUCGCGCUGCAGGCCUCCGAGCACGUGGAGAGCGGCGGCCACGAGCUGCUGCAGGGCACCGUCAGCCGCCGCAGGACGAGGAAGAAAAAGAUGGGCCUCAUCGUUUGCCUCGCGGCCGGCUGCCUCGUCGUGCUGCUCGUGCUGGUGCUGAGCUGAGACUCAUGACUUCAUACCAGGUGUACUGCGCGAACCAGCUCGCGACUCCCGCGUCGCCUCCAACCUACUUACAUCGACGGUUCCCGAGACAAGAAGAAGCUUAUUUAUUGAUAGUCCGCUCCGUAGACCUCAUAGUCAUUAAUAUUAUAGUUUUGUAAACCCCUUAAUUUAUUUUAAUAUUUAAGAUCCUAGUCAUAAUAUUAUUACUUUUAAUAAAUAAUAGUUUAGUUUAAUAUCCCAGGUCCAUUUUAAAAGGUUUUAUUAAUGUGUGAACGGUCAAUGAAACUAAGGCGAAACAGUAAUAAAAAAUGAGCAAUGUUCUAAACAUAAUGCCCCGUACACUGUAUCCUACGCUUACAUAGAAUGCUUGUAAAUUGUAAUUAUAAUUGUUAAAAUUCAUGUGAAGGAAAUAAAAAUAUGAAGUAUGAAGAGCGAUGACUGCACGUAUUUCAGUUACCAAAACAUUAAUAAAUUGU